AUAAACGUGCCUUACGUAUCCGUCAUGACCAUCCUCUACUGUCGGAUCUAUAAGGAAACCGAGCGACGCACCAAAGAUCUGGCCGAGCUUCAAGGAGUCAACUCUUUGAACGAUUCAGACACACCGAAUCAAAAGAUUCAUUCGUGUUUCACUUCAAAAGACGAGCAGCUGACCAACUUUAGCUACGCUUCAUCCGAAGACGAAGAGCGCUCGGCUUCUCCCUGUGUCUUCAAAGAGACGAGAAACAAAAAGUGCGUUUCUUAUAAAUUCAAAGAUGUUCGUUCUACGAAGAGCGCUAAUGGAGAGGAAAAGCCCUCUUCGUUCUCGUCGGCCGAGUCUGUGAACGCACCGUCUUCCUCCAAACCCGUCGAAGGCACGCUGAAGAGCCAGAUCACUAAGAGGAAGAGGAUGGUUCUGAUCAAGGAGAAGAAGGCGGCACAGACUCUCAGCGCAAUCCUGCUGGCCUUCAUCCUCACCUGGACGCCGUACAACAUCAUGGUGCUGGUCUCCACCUUCUACAUCCAGACUCUCACGUUCAGUCGUGGUUCUGAUCUGUGUGUUUCUGCAGGAGAUGCGAGUGAAUCGCGAUGGACGGAGAGAAGAACGUCACCGUCAGCGCAAACGUCUCCGGCGCGCACAGCCUGUGGGAGGCGGUCUUGUUACGUCAACAGCACCGUCAACCCCAUGUGCUACGCUCUCUGCAACAAGACCUUCCAGAAGACCUUCCGCAUGCUGCUGCUGUGCCGCUGGAGGAAGAAGCGGCCCGAGGAGAAGCUGUUCUGGUGCGGACCGAAGCCUGCGGCCGGAAACAGACUCUCCUGA